AUGGCCGAGACUACUCCCACUCAAGUCCCCGAGGUUGAUUACACCCUCAACAACCCUGAUACCUUGACUAAGUACAAGACUGCUGCGGGCAUCUCUCACAAGGUUCUCGAGGCUGUCACUGCUCUGUGUGUUGAGGGUGCCAAGAUCGUUGAGAUCUGUGAGAAGGGUGAUCAGCUCCUCGAUGAGGAAAUCGCCAAGGUCUACAAGGGCAAGAAGAUCCUCAAGGGUGUCUCCCACCCCACCACUGUCUCUCCUAGCUCCUAUGUCACUCCCUACACUCCCCUCAAGACCGAUGCCGCCGAGGCCGAGACCGUUCUGAAGGCUGGCGAGGUCGUCAAGAUCCAGCUGGGUGCCCAGAUCGAUGGAUUCGGAACUAUUGUCUGUGAUAUGGCUGUUGUUCCCAAGAAGGACGCCGCCAAGGAGGUCAUCACUGGCCGUGAGGCUGACCUGAUUGUCGCUACUCACUACGCUAACGAGCUUUUGCUUCGCCUGAUGGUUCCCCAGGGUCUUCUGGCCCAGGGUACUGACGAGGAGAAGGCCAAGGCUACUGCCAAGAAGGCCCCUACUCAGUCCCAGAUCUCCGACCUCCUGGAGAAGGUCGCCAAGGCCUACGACUGCAAGGUCAUUGAGAACACCACCAGUUGGAUGUUUGACCGCAACGAAAUUGAGGGUACCAAGAAGAUCAUUCUGACCCCCGGCAACGGUGUCCGUGGCGAGGGUGUCCCUGAGGUUGGUGAGGUCUGGGGUGUUGAGGUCGGUCUCAGCUUGGGAUCUGGCAAGGUCAAGAACCUCGACCACCGUGCUACUCUGCACCGCCGUACCACCACCACCUACAUCCUGAAGCGUCCCAGCUCUCGCCAGACCCUCUCUGAGGUUGUCAAGAAGUUCGGUACUUUCCCCUUCAGCUUGCGCCAGCUUGAGGACGAGAAGGCCGCCAAGGUCGGUGUCGUCGAGUGUGUCCGUGGUGGCGUCCUGCGCCAGUACGAGCCCGCUGGUGAGGCUGAUGGCUCUGCCGUCUCCCGUCUCCUGUCCACCAUUGCCAUCACCAAGAACGGCAUCACCAAGCUUGCUGCUCCCAACGCUAUCGAUCUCGAGCAGGUCAAGUCUGACAAGAAGAUCGAGGAUGAGGAGAUCCUCAAGAUCCUCGAGCAGCCCCUGGCUCGCUCCACUGGUAACAAGAAGAACAAGAGCAAGAAGAAGAAGACCACUGGUGGUGAGGAGUAA